AUGCCAUCGUCUUCCAGGUCCGAUAGUGUGAAACCACCCAAGCUCGAUACUGACAGCUUUGUCGACUUCCAUCACGCCGCUGCUGGACAUGACGGCGUGCGUUGCACUCCCUCUGGUUCCUUCAUCGCGAAACCUUGCACUCCCCAGGAAGUUGCGUUCUACGAAUCCAGCGCCCUCCAUCCCGCCUUUCGGGGGUUCAUUCCCACUUACAUCGGAACCUUAUCGUCUGCUGACCAGCAAGGCCCCUUAGCGCUCACUGCCGCUGCUCGGCAGAGUGGAGCUAUUGUUCUACCAACUGCGGACGACUCAUCAUCAUCAUCCGCCACGCCGACCACCGCGGAGGCGCCGCAACUUGGUUUGAAUGCUGGAUUAGGGGGCUCGAACGGCGUAGCUGAGAACAAAACUUGGGUUCCCUCUGGUGGAAAAAAGCUCGAAACGGGGCUGUCCAUAGUCCUGGAGAAUGUCGCCUCUGGGUUCAAACGCCCAAAUGUCCUGGAUGUGAAGCUUGGCGCGCGGCUUUGGGCUGAUGACGCGCCUCCCGCUAAACGGACCAAGCUGGAGGCUGUGGCCAAAGAGACAACCAGCGGUAGCCUUGGGUUUCGCAUUGCCGGGAUGAAGAUUUGGACCGGCGCUCAUGGAGAGACGGACGAGGGCAGCAAGACCAAUCCAUACGCCACCAAGCAUGAGGGAGUCGAGGGUGCCAGGGGUGAAGUCGUUGAAAAGGACGGCUACAGGCGCUAUGACAAGUGGUACGGACGGUCUUUUAACGAGAAGAAUGUGAAAGAGGGCUUUGAGACGUUCCUCGCCGGCGCAAAAGCCGGCGCUGUUGAUCGGUCCAAAUUAAUCGCCAGGAGACUGGCUGACGAGCUGAGGCGUGUGCAGUCGAUCCUGGAGUCCGAAGAGAGCAGGAUGUAUUCUGCAAGUGUUCUCAUUGUCUACGAAGGUGAUCCAGAGGCCAUGGAAGAAGCACUAGAAGAAGAAAAGAAACCCAGGGACAGAUCACCAGAAGAGCUCGAUGAAGAAGACGAGCAGUUUGAUUUUGCUCUGCAGCAAGAUGGCUCCUUCGAAGUCGUCAACCUCCAGGUUGGACAAGAGGGGAUACCCCAGCAGGCAAUCAAUAUCAACCUUGGUCCAGAAACGGCACAAUUAGGAGAAAUAGACUUCGAGGACGAAGAGGAAGAGGAUGAGCCUCCUAAGGUGCACGACCUCCGCCUGAUUGACUUUGCGCACGCCAGUUGGACUCCCGGUCAGGGUCCGGACGAAAACGUCCUCAUGGGAGUCCGGAGCUUAAUCAGGCUGCUUGAUGAGCUUGCUAUGGAAUGA